AUAAGUUUCACGAUCUCACCGCUUGGAGCCGUUCGUAUCUUGGCGGGCACGGGCCAACUUCGAGGCGCUUUUCGAAUUCCGUUUCCAGCAGCACGACUUCGUGACGGCCGGAGCCGCGCAGCCGACUCUAGUUGUCCGCUGUCUGCGGGAUUGGCGCCAGAGCCUCGCAGUGCGCGGCACGUGCGGUCGUGUGCUCGGCGCGUCUGCGCGGCGACUGCUGGCGGGCGGCUGGUGGCGUGGGAAGGGCGAGGAGCGCCAGUCAUCCCUUGGCGUGUCUGCCAGUCAUCUUGAAGUUCUGCUCUCUUCCCCUCGUGACCUCCCCGCCCUCGUCUGCGCAUCCCGACAGCGCCCCGCUUGAGUAGGCUCCACGGGCAAGGCUCCUCUCACGCCGCACUCCUGCCCACUCGCACCGCUCUCCACGGCCCCUCGCCAUGGCCUCUCCAUCGAGCGCAGAGGCCCCUUUGAGUACGGUGUGCGCAGCAGGCGGGGAGGGCGGGGGGGCGGGAGAGGAGGAGAUGGCGGGCGUGCGGGGGGCGGGGAGGGACCUGACGGUGGGGGCGAGCGGCGACGACACGGUGGGCGUCCCUCGCGCUGUGUCGCGCGCCCUUCCUUGCCGUGCCAGCAUGGAUGGUUCAAGCCUUUCUUACAUUGUCGCUCUCCUCCUGCGCCCACUUUACCUCCCCUGCACAGCACCUCUCUUGUGUGUAUUCUCUCCCAUCUCCUGUCAUGUGUUCUGUGUUGACCUUGCAAGUGACCAUGUUACCUUGCAAGUGACCCUGUUACCUUGCCGUGCUCGUGUACGGUGUGCAACUGCGUUUGUGUGACUAUUGUAUAUAAGCCAAUAUAAACCUCAGUUCCCGAAGUUGAAACCAAGCAGCUGGUCUUGAAACCAAGCAGCUGGUCUUGAAAUCAAGCAGCUGGUCUUGAAACCAAGCAGCUGGUCUUGAAACCAAGCAGCUGGUCUUGAAAUCAAGCAGCUGGCGUCUUGAAACCAAGCAGCUGGUCUUGAAACCAGAGGCAACAAUUGUGUGAUGCAUGGGGCCCAAUCCGCCCAGGUGCGGGCCGUGUGGCACUGCGAGGACGUGCUGGCGCAGCUGUGGGCCAGCGGCGCGUUCGACGAUGCGAAGAGCAUUGUUGACACGGUGGUGCUCACGGACGUUGGGGCCGUGAGGCGCGCGCUGGCAGCAGUCAGCGAUUUGUCAGCAGAGGAGGCGCGGCGCCUUGUGUCGCAGCACCUGGCGCCAGCAGGCACGGAUCUGCACUCCUUCACGCCGCCGGACUUCCACCCACAUCCGCCCUCCUUCCUCCCGCACGUCACUCACCCCGCCACCCGCCUCUGGGCUCUCGCCGUGCAUCGCCUCUGGCCGCGCCUCUCCUUCCGCACCGCCCCUCCUCCCGCCACCCCUGCCAUGCCCUCCCAUCCCUCGCCCACCCUUCCAUCCGCCCCCAGUGCGCAAGCCCCUCGCGGCGAUCCAGUCCACAAUUCUGGGGGGGAAGGGGGAGGUGACUCUGGGCCCGUGCCACGCAUGCAGCAGCAGGAGAAACGGGGCGGGGGAGGAGGGGAAGCAGCGGACAGUGGGGUGGUGGUGCAGGGGGGGUCGCUGCUGGCGCUGCCGCAUGCGCCGGUGAUAGUGCCGGGGGAGCGGUUCAGAGAGAUGUACUACUGGGACUCGUACUGGGUGAUCAGGGGCCUGCUGGUGAGCGGCAUGCUGGACUCGGCCCUGGCGGCGGUGCGCAACCUGCUGCAUCUCGCCCGCGCGCACGGCCAUGUGCCCAACGGCUCCCGCGCCUACUACCUCAAUAGAAGCCAGCCCCCGCUGCUGAGCCACAUGGUGCGCGCCGUGCACGCAGCGCUGCUGGACGCAUGCGCGCAGGGAGAGCAGGCGAAGCAGGGGGGGCAGGGCAGGGCGGCAGUGGCUGGGGAGGAGGGGCCAGCAGACGCAGCAGAUGGGCCCGCAGGCACGGGGCGCGGCGAGCAGGCGGAGAGGCUGGUGAGGGAGGCGCUGCCCGUGCUGGUCAGAGAGCACGAGUUCUGGACGCAAGCCCCGCACGGCAUUGCAGUGUACCACCCUCCCUCUGCCCGCACCUUCCACCUCUCCCGCUACUACGCCAUGUGGACCCGGCCCCGCCCCGAAUCCUUCCCUCAGGACACCGAGACAGCAGCGCUGGCACUGCAGCGGUCCCGACACCAUCUGCGCCAUGUGCACCACAGCUGCCCUGCCGCGUCUCCCCCUGCUGCCUUGCUGGAGCGGGCGGCGCUGUUCCGCGAGCUGGCGACAGUGGCUGAGUCGGGGUGGGACUUCAGCUCACGCUGGAUGCGCGACCCUAAGGACCUCACGAGCAGCCACCCCAGCAGCGUGCUGCCCGCCGAUUUGAACGCGCUGCUCUUCCACCUCGAGCGCACCAUCGCUGCCCUUGCUCACUCGCUCCUCUCCACCCCCUCUCCCCGCCCCCCUGCCACCCCUGCUGCCACCGCUGAGGGGCCAGAGGGCGUGGCCAUCAGUGACAUGUCUCUGGCCGAGCUGGCGGCACGCUUUGCUGAGCUGGCGGAGCGGAGGAGAGAGGCGAUGGACGUGAUGAUGUGGCGCGAGGGGGUGGGGGCGGAGGGGGGAGGACAUGGGGGAGGAGGGGAAGCAGGCAGAGAAGAAGGGCGAGGGGGUGGGGGUGUGCGAGAGGGGCGAUGGAGGGACGUGUGGGUGGAGCCCAGGGGCAUGGGCGGGGCGGAUGGCGCUGCUGCGGCACAAUGUGGCUCUCAUUGUGAGUGGGUGGCGGUGCAACGGCCUCUCGCCAGCAGCACAUGUGCCAGCACCGAGGGCAGCUCUCCAGCCCCCUCCGAGGAUGUGUACGCUUCGGAUUACUUCCCUCUGUGCUGCGGCCUCGUGCCCGCUGGUGACCCGCGCAUUGACCUUGUUGUAGCAUCGCUGCAGUCCUCCAGUCUGCUGCUGCCGGCUGGCGUGGCCACGUCAACGAGGUUCACUGGGCAGCAGUGGGACUACCCCAACGUGUGGCCGCCUCUGCACCACGCCAUCUGUGACGGCCUGCUGCUCACCGCCUCACCUCAUGCGGUCUCUCUCGCCCGCCAGCUGGCGCACCGUUUCUUGGCGUCGGCACGGGCGGCGUUUGAGCGCACGGGCGCCAUGCACGAGAAGUAUGACGGCAGGCACAGGGGCGCCGUGGGAGGUGGCGGCGAGUACAACCCACAGGUUGGGUUUGGGUGGACAAAUGGUGCUGUGCUGUCACUAUUGGAUCUGUUUGGAUACGAAGAACCUUGAGUCUAUCCAAAGGACUUUCAUGCUCAGGGCGAUCCCAAUUAGGAUGAAAACCCUUAUUCUACCUUGUUGGAAACGAUGAAAAAGAAACUGAAGCAUUUCAGGAGUCUCGAGUGUUAUACAGUACGCGAGUACAGCAACAUCAAGGACUGACGAGUCAACCACGCUACAGUACCUUCGGACGGUUGACGCAGUUUGACGACACACGACGGAGGCUACAAUACAGAAAUCACAAGUGCAAGAGUCGAAGUUGUGGUAAAUGAAGUUUUGCAUUCCGGCAAGUUCUGUUUUUGGUGUAGUUAGCAGUAUCGAGUUUCUCGGUAAGGAAACAGGUCCGAGUGCUGACGCUAGCAAAGCAUCGUCUCAUUGAUGACGGCAGCAUACCGCUUCAGUUACGCGAUUAGGCGUAACGAGUCGUUUCAGUCACGCGAACAGUCGCGACCCUAUAGAAUGACGAAUAGGUCGCAUAGCGCGCAAUUAGCCGAACAGGUAC